AUGAAAUUCUUUUUAAAAAAAUGUUUGAGGAAAAAACCACAGGAAAUGAAACCGGGCGCCAUAUUGGAUGCUGUUAUAUCGCAAUCCUCGGCCACGGCUAAUAAAUGUUUGCUUUAUAAGUUGGCGGAUUUUAAAAGAGGUGGCGACCUCAUUGAUGCCAUUAACACUGGCGGCCUGGUGGCGGUGGAACAGCUAAUACGCGAACAAUUUGGUGUCUUUAUGUACAACGAUGGCAAAGGUCAGGUCAUUAAUCGUGCUGAAUUCUUAAGGUGGAAAUAUCGCGAUCAUACACAGGUUACCAUACCCAUAGAAGCCUCUUUGUCCAUUCACGAUCCCUUGGGCAAAUGGAAAGAUCACAAUGCCUGCUGGCAAAUGCAAUAUCGUGGCUCCUUGGGUGAAAGUUUACUGCAUGUCCUGAUUAUAUGUGAUUCGAAGAUACACACAAAAUUAGCUCGCAUAUUGUUGAGGGUAUUCCCGCGCCUAGCUCUGGAUGUUAUGGAGGGUGAGGAGUAUUUGGGUGCAAGUGCUUUGCACUUGGCCAUAGCUUAUAGCAAUAAUGAGUUGGUGGCGGAUUUGAUUGAAGCGGGAGCUGAUAUAAAUCAAAGAGCUAUAGGAAGUUUUUUCUUGCCGCGUGAUCAGCAAAGAGCCAAUCCCGCAAAGAAUACAGAUUAUGAGGGUUUGGCAUAUAUGGGAGAAUAUCCAUUAUCCUGGGCGGCCUGUUGUGCUAAUGAGAGUGUUUACAAUUUACUAAUAGAUCAUGGCGCUGAUCCAGAUGCCCAGGAUACUUUCGGUAAUAUGAUUUUACACAUGGUGGUUGUGUGUGAUAAAUUGGAUAUGUUUGGCUAUGCUCUGAGACAUCCUAAAACUCCUGCAAAAAAUGGCAUAGCUAAUGAUUCGGGACUAACGCCUUUGACGCUGUCCUGUAAAUUGGGUAGAGCAGAGGUUUUUCGUGAGAUGUUGGAACUAUCAUCCCGGGAAUUUUGGCGUUAUAGUAAUAUCACCUGCUCCGGUUAUCCUUUGAAUGCUUUGGAUACACUUUUACCGGAUGGCAGAACUAACUGGAAUUCGGCUUUAUUUAUAAUAUUGAAUGGUACCAAGGAGGAACAUUUGGAUAUGUUAGAUGGUGGUAUUAUACAACGUCUACUGGAAGAGAAAUGGAAAACGUUUGCCCAAAAUCAAUUCCUAAAACGUUUAUUGAUUUUAGUGGUGCAUUUAUUGUGUUUGUCUACUUCGGUUUAUCUCAGACCCGCCCAUGAUGGUGACGAUGAGGAUGAUAGUGAAGAUGUAGGCAAUUUAAAAAAUAAGCAAAAUGAUAAAGCAGAUGAAGAUGAGGAAUAUGAUGUACAAACUAUAGCCCGCUAUUGUGCAGAGUUGUGCACCAUUACAGGAGUUCUAAGUUUUCUUAUAUUUCAACAAGGAGAUGAAAUAAAAAAUCAAGGUCUUUCGGCUUUUCUUAAGCAAUUGUCCCAUGCUCCUGCUAAAGCCAUAUUUCUAAUAUCAAAUUUAAUGAUUUUGUCUUGCAUUCCUUUUCGCUUGAUGGGUGACACCGAUACCGAGGAGGCCAUAUUGAUAUUUGCUGUACCGGGCAGUUGGUUUCUCUUGAUGUUUUUUGCAGGAGCUGUUCGUUUAACCGGUCCUUUUGUUACCAUGAUUUAUUCCAUGAUAACUGGUGACAUGUUUACAUUUGGCAUUAUUUAUUCCAUAGUUUUGUGUGGCUUUUCACAGGCCUUUUACUUUCUAUACAAAGGUCAUCCUCAGUUACAGACCACCAUGUUUAAUACAUUUCCCAGCACCUGGAUGGCUUUGUUUCAAACCACUUUGGGUGAUUAUAAUUAUCCCGAUUUAAAUCAAACAACUUAUCCGAAUCUUUCCAAAACGGUUUUCGUUAUGUUUAUGAUAUUUGUGCCCAUACUAUUGCUUAAUAUGUUAAUUGCCAUGAUGGGUAAUACCUAUGCCCAUGUUAUCGAACAGUCGGAAAAGGAAUGGAUGAAACAAUGGGCCAAGAUUGUGGUUACAUUAGAACGAGCAGUACCCCAGGCCGAUGCCAAGAGUUAUUUGGAGGCAUAUUCCAUACCUUUGGGACCCUCGGAUGAUUCCGGUUUCGAGGUAAGAGGUGUAAUGGUUAUCAAGAGCAAAAGUAAAACUCGUGCUAAGCAACGCAAGGGAGCCGUCUCUAAUUGGAAGCGAGUGGGAAGAGUAACCUUGACAGCCUUAAAGAAACGUGGCAUGACGGGAGAAGAAAUGAGACGUUUGAUGUGGGGUAGAGCCUCCAUAUCAAGUCCCAUAAAGAUUGCUAAACAAAAACUUAAAGAUCCUUACAAUCUGAAUCCGGUCAAUGCAACUGGGCAGUCAAAUAUAACUAGCGCCAUGGAUAUGUUAAAUUUCGCCACUGAUCCUAGUACAAGUUCGGGUACAACUUUUAGAUCCGCUACUACAACGAAUGUUCCAGCACCAGAUCCUUUUAGAGAACUAGUGCUAAAAGCUGAUGAACCUCCAGAGAUACAUGAUCCUCAAUUUUAUGCCGCCCUCAAGGAGCUGGCCAAUAGAGCUUUUGAAUUGGUUAAACAGACUUUGAAAACCCAAGAGACAAAACCAAAAACUGUAAUAGAAGCCACCAGCUUGAAAGAUGUAAAUUUGCAGAAACAACCAGAACCAACAAUUGUACCUGAUGUGACAACGGAUACCAUGGCCAUACCUCUGGCUGGUAACUUGACAACACUUUUCCAGGAUCCCAAAGAUAUGGUGGAUCCCAAAAAGUUGCAGGAAUUUUUGAAAUUGGUUGCUGAGGUAGAAACGGAAGAUAGUGAUGGUGGAGGACCCAUACUGGGAAAACUGUCUUUAGCCCGAAGGACCAGGAAUGCUCUCUUCAAAGCUCCCAUAGCAAAAGGAACUCUAGGGGACAGUGGUGAUAAUUUGAUAACUUCAGUAUGGGACAAAAUACGCCCUGAAGAGGAGGACAGCAUACCGAAUUUUGAUUUCCAAGAAGCCUUGGCGGAGCAUGUUUUAACUGUGGAACAAGAGCCCGAAGUGGAAACUGAAACUGGUAAUGAUGAUGAUUCUCCAGAAACUCAUGAUGACAUGCCCACAGUGGAGGAGGUACAUGCCACUAUGAAACAGUUUCAUUUGCGUAAACGUCAGUAUCAACAGGAUGAUGCCGCCAAACGAGCAAAAAGCGCUAGAAUUCGUCGUAAAAACAAGGUGUCGCCAGAAUACCAGGGAGAAAAUACUGAUUAUUAUCAUCGCGGUCGUUCAGCUCCAAUGAAAAAGAACAGAGAUGAGGAAGUCAUGUCACCACCAGAUCCCUUGGAACCUUGGAGUACCAGAGAAUUGCAGAAUAUUAAUAAAAUUUUAGCUAAAAAAUAA